AAAUUGGAAGAAGACACUGCUUGAGGGAUCGAGCCGAGGAGGAGGAAACAUGGCGGCAUCGACAAUGCAGGCAUCGAUCGGCGUGUCGUGCCCAUCCACAUUCCUCUCGGGAUCGAGUAGCAAGCUCCAGAGGGGAUCCCGAGCCGUGGCCGCGCCUUCGUUCGCGACUGGCAAAUUCAAGGUGGAGGCCAAGAAAGGCGAGUGGUGCCCCGGAUUGGCGUCUCCUGGCUAUCUCAAUGGAAGCCUUCCCGGAGACAAUGGCUUCGAUCCUUUGGGACUCGCCGGCGACCCAGCCAACCUCAAGUGGUACGUCCAAGCCGAGCUCCAAAACGGACGCUGGGCCAUGGUUGGAGUCGCCGGCAUGCUCAUCCCUGAGGUCCUCACCAAGAUCGGGGUGAUCAACGCGCCGCUGUGGUACGACGCUGGCAAGGUGGAGUACUUUGCUCCAGCGUCCACGCUCUUCGUCAUCGAGUUUCUCAUGUUCCACUACGUGGAGGUGAGGAGAUGGCAAGACAUCAAGUACCCCGGGAGCGUCAACCAGGAUCCGAUCUUCAAGGGCUACAGCUUGCCUCCCAACGAGGUCGGCUACCCGGGAGGCAUCUUCAAUCCUCUCAACUUCCCAGCCAACGAGGAGUACAAAGAAAAGGAGCUGGCAAAUGGUCGCCUUGCAAUGCUCGCGUUCCUUGGAUUCAUCAUCCAGUCCAACGUGACACACCAGGGACCUUUCGAGAACUUGCUGACGCACCUUAGCGACCCAUGGCACCACACCAUUGUCCAGAGCAUACAAGGUCUGUGAGUUAAGCGAGAGCGGUCAUGGUUCCAACUUUCUUUCCAACCAGAAAAAAAAAAGAGCCGAAAAAGAAAAGUGAAAAUGAAUGGCAUCUAUAUUAUCGAUUUGUAAAUUAGCUCAUGGUAUUUAACUGGAAAGAGAAUACUUCCAUGCAAGAGACACUGCAUGGCUGUGGUUGCAA